GAAAAUGAGCUGUCUCCUACGGAAUCGCUGGAUUCUUCACGAUUUGAGCUUAUCGCCGGUCAAGAGGAUGAUCGUCGAAUGACGUUCUUUAAGCAAAACGUCUCAAGAGGUCCACUUAUGCUGGCGCUGACGUCGUCUAAGCCAUCGUCAGCUCGUUUGUUCCUUUCGCACUCCCAGGAAGAAAUGGACGCCUUCUAUCCACCUCUACCACAUGAUACUCGCUUGGCUUAUGCUAUAUCAAAAGGCGACAGUUCAGAGACCAAUCAGGUGCUCAUCACUUGGAAGGCAGCUGAUCGAGUAAGGGAAGUUAUUACUAUAACUACCACAUGCCUUUACCAAAAGGAAAACCAUUCCGGAAAUCGCUCAUACACACUGCAGGAAGAACCGUACUGGUCCCGUUUGAAUUAUAUGAUUGAGUUUAGG